AAUUGCUCCCCACAGUUUUCUUUGUGGGGCUCCUUUACCUUUUGGGAAGAAGAUUACAAGGCGGAUUCAGUGUCGGUGGUGGUGCAGGGCGGGGAAAUCGUGGGAUUUUUAACAUUGGAAAAGCCCAAACUACGAAGAUGGACAAAAAUUCUAAAAUAUAAGGUAUUUUUUAAAGAUGUGGCUGGUUGCGAUGAAGCCAAGCAAGAAAUAAUGGAGUUUGUGCAUUUCCUCAAAAAUCCAAAGAAAUAUGAAGAAUUGGGUGCGAAAAUUCCCAAAGGAGCCCUCCUGGUAGGUCCUCCUGGCACAGGGAAGACCCUUCUGGCAAAAGCAACUGCAGGUGAAUCUGGUGUGCCCUUUUUGUCUAUAUCUGGUUCGGAUUUUAUGGAAAUGUUUGUUGGUGUUGGACCAUCCAGAGUGAGAAACUUAUUUCAGGAAGCCAGACAAUGCGCCCCCAGCAUUAUUUUUAUCGAUGAGAUAGAUGCAAUUGGUCGAGCAAGAGGUCGUGGUGGAUUCUCUGGUUCAAAUGAUGAACGAGAAAGCACUUUAAACCAGUUAUUGGUAGAGAUGGAUGGAUUUGGAACCACAUCCGGUGUAGUUGUACUUGCUGGCACAAAUAGACCUGACAUCUUGGACAAGGCCUUACUUAGGCCUGGGCGUUUUGAUCGCCAAAUUACAAUUGAUAAGCCUGACAUAAAAGGCCGUGACCAAAUAUUUCGCAUUUACCUUAAAAAGAUUAAAUUGGAUAAUGAGCCCUCUUUUUAUUCUGAACGACUAGCUGCCCUCACCCCUGGAUUUGCUGGAGCAGACAUUGCCAAUGUUUGUAAUGAGGCUGCUCUGAUUGCUGCAAGAAAUGAGGAAUCUAAGGUUACAAUGCAACACUUUGAGGCUGCUAUCGACAGAGUAAUCGGCGGUUUGGAAAAGAAAAAUAAGGUAAUCAGCAAGCUGGAACGCAGAACAGUUGCCUACCAUGAAUCAGGCCAUGCUGUAGCUGGAUGGUUUUUGGAACAUGCAGAACCGUUACUCAAAGUCACAAUCAUUCCUCGUGGAACUGCAGCAUUGGGCUUUGCUCAGUACGUUCCUAAUGAAAAUCUUCUGUUCACUAAAGAGCAACUCUUUGACAUGACUUGCAUGACACUUGGUGGUCGUGCAUCUGAACAGGUUUUACUUGGAAAGAUCUCUACAGGAGCUCAGAAUGACUUGGAAAAAGUCACCAAGAUGACUUACGCGCAGGUGGCAGUCUAUGGUUUUAGUGAAAAAGUGGGGCUCCUCUCUUUUCCCCAGAGGGAAGAUUCCAUGGAGAUGACAAAGCCCUACAGCAACAAGACCGGAGACAUCAUUGACAAUGAAGUGAGGGAAUGGGUUGCAAAAGCCUACAAGAAAACACUGGAACUGAUCAAUGAACACAAGGAUCAUGUAACACAGAUUGCAGAGCUAUUGCUCGAGAAAGAGGUCUUGCAUCAGGAUGACUUAAUCCGGGUCCUCGGCGAGCGUCCGUUCAAAUACACCGAACCAACAAACUACGACAGGUUCAAGCAAGGGUUCGAGAACAACCCAGAAGACACCAAAGGUGCUGUCGCGGACGAUGACAAUGCAUCCUCGUCCCUUGACGGUGGAGUUGUCCCUGCAUAAUUCUUCUGCUGUAUAUUUUAACACCGAUCUUUCCCUUUCUGGCUGUCCUUUUAGUUCACUAGCUCAAUUGUAUAAAUCAACAUCAUCUGGUCCGCAUUUUAAAUUACUAUGACAAGCAUAUUGUAUUUCCCACUCCUUUCCAGACAAUUUCAUAUGCUUCUGAGAAUAAUCAAAUACAUUGGUAUCCCUUGAAGCAUAGCAGCGGGUUUUCUC